AUGCCUUUCAGAGCACUGUAUAUUAUGUUUGACUCUAAACAUUCAAGUGGCACUGUGGGUACUGGUGGUAAGGCAGUUGAUGGAAACAGAGAUGCAAGCUAUCAAAGAGGGUCUUGCACACUUACCAGUGAACAAUCUGAUCCCUGGUGGAGAGUAGACCUGGUAAAUGUGUAUACAAUUGGGACUGUAAUGAUAACUAAUAGAGAUGAAUUGGGAAACAGGCUGGAUGGUGCUGAAAUCUGGAUCGGAAAUUCAACAAAAAUCAGUGACCCUGAAAGUAACAGGUGUGCUGUCAUCUCUCACAUUCCCAGCGGACAAGCGUUUUAUUUUCCAUGUAACUCUGUGAAGGGACGCUACGUCACUGUGUUUCUACCAGGAAGUGCAAAGGUCCUGAGUCUCUGUGAGGUUGAAGUGUACUACGGAUACCCAUUACCCAAUGUGGCACUCAAAGGAGAAGCUACCCAGUCAUCUACACUCUCUGUUGCCACUGCUUCCAAAGCCAUCGAUGGCAGACGGAACUCGUUCUAUAGCAAUGGGUUCUGUAGCCACACGGCUGAAGACGAGACCAACCCCUGGUGGAGGGUGGACCUACAGCGAAGCUUUACAAUCACUGCUGUAAAAGUCACCAACAGAGGAGACUGCUGUGCUGAAAGACUGGAUGGAGCUGAGAUCAGAAUAGGAAACUCACUGGAGAACAAUGGAAACAAUAAUCCCAGGUGUGCUUCCAUCUCACAUAUCAAAGCGGGUAAAACCUACACAUACCGGUGUGAUGGAGGCAGCAUGGAGGGUCGCUUUGUGAAUGUGUUUCUUCCUGGACAGAAGAAGACUCUCACCCUGUGUGAAGUGGAGGUGUAUGCUGCCCCAGCAGUGGAACCGCUUCCAAACGUGGCCUUCAACAAACAAACAGUACAGUCAUCAACUUGGUAUGGGCCAGUGUUUGGGCCCUCAAAGGGUGUCGAUGGGUGCAAAAAUGGAAACUUGAACUCAGGAUGCUGUACACACAAUGAUCAAGAUCUGGGUCCCUGGUGGAGAGUAGACUUACAGGCUGUCUAUAAAGUCAGUGCUGUCACCAUCAUCAACAGACAGGAUGCUUUUAUUCCAAGGAUUCUUGGGGCACAGAUCCUGAUCGGGAACUCGCUGGAUCAAAAUGGUAACAUGAACCCCAGUUGUGGCAUGAUCACAUCAUUAGAUGGUACACCAACAUACACAUUCCAGUGUAAUGAAAUGGAAGGUCGCUACAUCAUUGUGAUCAUACCAGGAAAAAGGACUUACACAACCCUGUGUGAAGUGGAGGUGUUUGCUUCUCUCGCUGUUCCAGAAGCUGUCACUCCUUUAACAACUCCUCCACCUCCUCCCACCCCUCCUCCACCUGUGAGCCUGCAGCUUGGUGGCAGGAACGUGACGGUGGUGGGAGAGAGGCUCUGCUGGUCUGAUGCUCUGAUGCACUGUAGACGUUAUUACUGGGACCUGCUCAGCCUUCACAGCCAACAGGAGCAAAGCGAGUUGGAGCAGCUGCUGGGCCUCGUUCCUUUCUCCCUCACAGACCACGUCUGGAUGGGACUGCGCAGAUCCCUCAGAGGAGACGAGUGGUUCUGGAUGUCUGGACAGUCCAUGAAUUUCUUGAAUUGGCCACAGGAUUUUGUUCCAGACUGUUACUCCAGCACCUGUGGGGGCAUGACUAGCACAGAGCACCUCCUGUGGCAAGACCAGCCCUGUGCUGACGAUGGCGUGCAGAGAGUUUAUUUCUCCAGCUUCCAAGGAUCCAACAAGUCCAUAGGAAAAUCGAUGACACUGUAUAAACUGUGA